AUGCUGCGAGAGCGACGCAGCACUUGGCACGGAAUUGUUGAGGCAAACAGUGGAUUGCAUUUGAGUGACGAGCACUUAUGCUCACGUGUUGUGGAUGCCACGUUGCCUGUGCUGGCUGCCAUCGAAGAUGCCAGGUCACGCAUGCCGGUUGCACCGCCCAAGGACUUGCUGGAUGUGCCUGGAAUUUUUACUUGCCUCGGAACAGAGAACCUUUCGCGGCACCAGAGCAUUGCAUUGUUAACGUGUUUGCUAAGCUGCCGGGACAUCGUGUCGAUGCAGAAAUUAGGUGCUUGGAGUCGCCUUGUGGAUUUUCCACGUGAACACGAUGUUUAUGAUGUCGCUGCACGCCUUUGGGAUGUACACAUGUUGAGAUCGGACUGUGAAUGGCAACCUGGCAGUGGCUACGAAGAUCGCGCCGAUGUUGUGGCUGUCCUUGAUAUUUUAUGGGGACGCACAGCUCUGGUCGUGGAAGAGGAUGGCGAACUACAGCAGCGACGAGGCAAGUUGGAUGAGGCGGAUGCUAUGGUUCUGCGCUGCUUGAUGCGCAGGUAUGGCUGGGAGAGGAGUUCUCCGGCUUUGGAAGGACUGCGCAGCCAUCACAAUCCAACGGUGGUGCGAGACUUGCGUGAGUCCAGGAACGGCGUGUCUCCAGUGGUAUUGCAGCUUCAUGAUGACAUCGUGGAAUGGCAACGCGAUAGCGAUUGCAUGCGGCUGCCGAGCAUGGAGGAGCAGCGAACGCUUUCCCAGAGGAUUCAAAACUACUUGGAGAAAGACAAGAAAGUUAGAGUCGAUUCCAUGAGGCAAGCUUUUCCUUCUGAUGUGGUUUCAGUGCAAGCAUUGCAGUUGGACUGCUUGGAGUUGUCGGAUGACAUGGAAGGUGGAGUGAAAUGGCGAUCGGAGAUUGAACGCAGCUUGAUGUACUCCAUCCCCGGUUGGCACGAAGGCUAUGUGCCACAGCCGUCAUUUGUGCCAUUGACGGAGUUGCUUUGUUUUGAGGAAGAAUCGUCGUCUCCUUCAUUGCUGGAGGAUGUUUUCUUGGUUCUGGAAAAUGUGAACAUGCCUUUUGCCAUCAAGUUGCAACGCGUGGCUGCCAUGUUGGAUUGCACGCCAACUAUCAGCGGCAUUGGGGAAGCUUUGGCUCGCCGUCUCCUCUAUCAUAGCAGUGAUGAUGUUGAAGAACCUCUGGAUCGGUAUGUUUGCCGCCUGUGCCACUUCAGCGCCGACAACCAGAAGGCCUUUCAUGAGCAUCUUGUGGAGAAGCAUCGUGGAGCAGGGGAUGAGAGUCGAGUGUUGAUCGAAUACCGCAAGAAAGUCAUUGGCUUGCUUGAGCACAUGGGUCCUGAUGUGCCUUCCUUCAGCACACAGCGCCGAAUCAUUGAAAAUGCUGAUGAGAGAUUGCGGCAGCCCCAGCCGGGUGGCCGUGAAGAGUCCGCUUGCGUGGUGUGUGCUCGGCGGUUUUGGAAGGAUGAGUUGAAGCUGCUGUUUCUCUUUGAAGACCCGACUGGACGGGAGGAGAGAAGUUCGACUGUGAUUGAUGCUAUUCCUGGGAAUCAGCAGGAACGUCUUUGUCGCUUGUUGGGAGUCGAGCGGUACAAGAGACGUUGGCCGCACAUCGAUGAGGAUGAGCUUCGGAGGUCAGCAGUGGAACACCCAUACCUUGCAGGGCAAUUUUUGCUCUUGCACAAGCGGCGCAUGCCGGCCGAUGUGAAGGAAGCUUCUCUUGUUUGCAAGGAAUGCAAAGGCCCUCUCACUGCAUCGACAAUCACGCUGCCGAGGCUCAGUUUAGCAAAUGAUCUAUGGAUGGGGGCGCAGCCACCAGCCCUGCGCAACUUGGCUUCGGCGACAAAGCGGCUUCUGCCAAUGACUCGGGCAUGCAUGCAAGUGGUGGUUCUUCAGCCUGCCCACUUACAACGUGAGGAACGUCAGCAUGGCUUCAUUGGCAACACAAUCUUUUUGCCGCAAGCACGGCCGUCAGCAGUGCUGUCAAGCCUGCCACCAAAGGAGCUCGACAUGCAGGACACAUUGUUGUUCGUGCUGGUAGGCGGACAGAAGAGUCAGGUGCGUGGCUCUACAUUGCUCAAAGCUCCAAGAGACGAGUACACGGCGGCAGUGGAGUGCUUGCGAAGGACGAGCCCUUUUUACGCAGCCGUCGAAGUGCGCCCCGAUGGAGAAGAUGUUUUGGAUGGAUGCGUGCUCGAGACCGCUGAAGAUUCAGCUCUGGCACAAGAGCUGUUGCAGAAAGGGCCUGCUGAUGCCCAGGGGCAAGAGUCUGAAGUGGAGGGGGAGGACGCACAGAAGGAGGCCACUGGAGAAGAAGCAGUAGAUCGAGAUGAUGCUUCAGGCCAUUUGGUGUCUUGCAUCGUCGGUUUGAAUGAUGCGGCUGAUGAGAAAAACAAAUGGGUUCGCGUCUUGAAAGAUGUGGAGGAAGUGUGUGUGCGGCAAAGGGGUCAACGGCAGAGUUCAGCAGCCGCUGUUAUGCGAAAUCGAGCGAACAAUGAGCUUGGGGCGGCAGAGGCAUCUGAGACUCAAUUGCUUGGCCGUGAAGGUGUGCAAGAGCAGCAAACCUUGCACAAGAUCCGGCGUAUUCAGAAGGUCGCCCGUGGAACUGCUGAGAGUGAUCGACAAGCUGAAGCUGCCAUGUUCCAGGUCAAACCGUCCAAGCUUGUGGUGCCGACCCAGGACACUUUGCUGCCAGUCAUGUAUGAUGUUCAUCGACGUCUUCACUUGAUGCGAGCAACAAAAGCGCAUGUGAUGCGCCGAGGUUUUGGCAAGCAUUGUCGAGUCAUUUCAGAAGUGAGCACGGAGCAGCUCUUGCAGGCAAUGGCCCUGCACGGCGACAACUCCGACCUGCGAGAGCUCCUCCGAGACCCACAGAUCGAUGUGUCCUUGAAGCGUGCUCUAGGUGGUGUUCUGCAAGCGACCUCGAGCAUUAUCGGCAUGGAAGGGCACCGAAGUCAGAUCAGGUUGAGAGGUCACGCCGCAGGGUGGCACUAUGGGUCUGCCCAUUUGUUCGUCACCCCGAACCUCGCAGACAUCCGCUCCCCGCUUCUCCUACAGCUACAUCUGCAGAGCACAGUUGGCACUGUGGACGAGUGCGAGGUGGCCUUAGACUGGGAUGUCGACGUGCCUUCAAUGCCUACUGCAGCAGCAAUGCGACGGAUUGUUGCCAUGGACCCUGUCUCCCAAGCGCGCUGCUUUGCGCUCAUGAUGGACAUCUUCUUUGAGGCGAUUUUGGGCAUUUUGCCACCGUUGAAGCGUGAGAGCUAUCGAGCAGGGAUGCAUGCAACGUUUGAAGAUGGUGUUGCUAGCUCUUUGCAGGGUGGUGUUUUUGGAGAUGUCGCAUCUUUGAGUGGGCCGUUGGAGACGCAAGGGCGUGGUUCUCUUCACCCACACAUUUUGGUCGUUUUGCUGGGGCAUGAUUUGGGCAAUCGUUUGCGAAGUAUCAUGCAUCGCAUCCGCCACGGUGAGCUUGUCGUUGAAUUGAGACGCUGGAGCCAACGAGUCCUGGAGGCCGUUCAACGCUUCAAGUAUGAUUCUCAAUUGGUUCUUGCAGAGCAAUUGGGAACUUCACAGCCGCCACUUCCUUUCAACGAGCGUCAGCGUGCAGAAUGUGGUCGGCAGUAUGAGACGUGUGCGUUGAUGCCCACAGAGCCAGACGGUCACGAACUGGCCGCAGGCUCGCGCCUGACUUUGACAGGCUGCUACGCAUCUUUGAGGCCAAGCUAUCAAAGACGACAGCAGCAUGCAAUUGGUGACGGUGAGAUCUGGAAACGCAAAUUUUGCGAAGAUUACCGACGUUUGGUGAUCCAAAAUCACUUUCACAAGUGCACAAAGUCCUGUUUCAAGAAGAAAGCUGUCAAAGGCAAGCGUGGCUGUCGCUUUGGAUGUUUUCACAUUGAGUUAAUCCAGGACGAUGAAGGGAAGCAGAAAAACUUGUGCCGCAAAGGUUGGCCGCGAGUGGAGAAGGCUUGCUUUUCCAGGUUGCAAUAUGAAACGCAAGAUUUGGCAAAGCUGGAGGAGUUCAAGAAUGAGAAUCCGCAUGUUUUUCAGGCACAGCGAGAUCAUCCUUUUGAAGGCAUGUCAAAUCCCGUGGCACAGGUGGUUAUGCGUUGCAAUGUAGAUGUGAAAUACCUUGGCCGAGCUUUCGCUGAAGAUGACCUGACGAAGUUCUCUGGUGGUGGCAUGUGCUCAGACUCAAACACUCCAUUGUCUGCUGCUGUUUCUUCGAGCAUGGAAGUGCACAGUCCAGGUGCUAUGCGUCCUGAUGCGUCACAGCCUGUGGCCGGUGUCUUGCAACCGGAACUGUCCGAGCAGGAACCGUGCAACAUGGAUGUCACGCAACAGGACGAUGCUUUGGAUGACACUGUCCAUGGGGAUGAGAAGCGCAGAAAGAUGUCCAAGUCAAAGUCUACAUUGCUGGAUGUUCAGAAGACGAACAACAUGAGAAUGGCACUUGAACGGGUGCUGAUCGAUAUGUCGCGUGACAUGCAAGAUGUUGGUUUCUACACUGGCGAAUACGCUGCGAAGAAGUUUGAAAUUUCCAGGAGCAUGCUUCCAGAGCUCUAUGCAGGAGUGCAGAGAUUGGAGGAGGAAGAAAAACAGCGGCAGGAAGCUGCUUUGGAAGAUGGGAGCAGGGAGGCUGCAGAUGCGAAGAAAAAUCCGGGCAUGAGUUCCCAGCAGAGCCGAGCGCUGAGCAUUUUGCGUCGAUUGGCUUUUGGCAUGAACCGUUGUGUGGCCAAGUCCAACGGUGAGAUGGCAUAUCAGUUGCUGUAUGAACAGGAGCAGUAUGUAACCUAUCGGGGCUACAACAUGUUCUUUCGAUAUGUUCCUUUUGCAAUCAUGCGGUGCAGAGAAGAAGCAAUUGCAGGAGCGAUCGCUGAUGCACCGCACCUCAGCGCGGCUCCAGUGGACUUUGUGACCGACACGGACGACGCGCCUGUUGCUUUGGAUGAAAUAGCUGAGGUUAUGGAGGAUGAAGGUGAAGCACCUCGGGUGAAGCAAGUUGUUGUGCAGUUCAAUCAGAAGGAUGACUACCUGCAUCGUGGUUCCUCAGUUUUGCUGCGGUGCAUGUCGUUGGUGAUGUACUCAAGAUUUGUCCGCAGGGUGCCGCGAGCCAAAGCUGGUAAAGUUGAUGGUGUGAAGUUUUUUGCUUUCGACGAACACUACCCGCAUCAUGCAUCAUCUGUGCAGGAGGUGAGAGCUACUGAUGACAACGUGGUUGUGCCUUCUGAUUUGCAUCUGCCACAGGACGCAGAGGUGCAGAAGUAUGCCGCUCAUAUGCUUGGACUUUGUUUUCCUUUUCCAACUUGCAGUGGUGAUUGCAGCGACUCGUACAAAUGCUUUUCCUGUCAUAGCAUCGAGAAGAAUGAGAAGGAAUGCAUGAUUUUUGGUCGUUUUGCGCCGCAGUGGAAACAUUGGAAAGCUUGCAUGGUGUUGCGUCGUGAAGCGGCACAAGAGCGCAUGUUGGCAGGCUUGUCGAUGCCGGUGAUUCGAGAUGUGAUUACAGUCCGCAGGUACGUGCCUCGCAUGGAAAGCAGUGGAGCAACGGUUCCUUUGGAGUUUCUGAAAUUUGUCCUGGACAAGAAGUUGCGCCCUCGCGACUGCCGGAUGCAUGAUGUUGUUCGCAUUGUGGAACGUAUUGCUUGGUGCUUGGGCGUUGCCUUGAACUAUCAUUACACUCAGCUGUCUCCUCUGGAAUUCCUUUGCGUUGUCCAGACUACUUGGUUGGAGCGUUUCGAGCAACACCAUGCUGCGCGCCGGAUCAGCAGCAGUCGUCGUCGAGCUGAACGCUUUGCUUUGAUGACAAAGGUGGAAGAUGACGACCUGGAGGAUGAUGCUGCGCCUCCGGACAUUGAGGGGGACGAAGUGGAAGAUGACUUGCGGCAGCAGGACGAGUUGGAACGCAUGGAGCGAGCACAGUACACUUUGGACAAAGAUGCUUUGCAGGAAGCAUUGUUUCGAGAGCAGGAUUGGAUGCGGGUCUUGGGGAAUCCUCGUGCUACGGUGCUGAAAGAUACUCUCCGUCAUCUGCGUGACUUUGUCAAUGCUUUGGGAGGAGUACCAGAUGCAAGGACUGGGAUGGGCAUUCGAAGUUCUGGUUCCUCUGGGGUUGAACGCACGUGGACGUCGGCGGAUGCUGAAAGAGGCAUGACUUUGCAGAAGCAGUACUUGGAAUUCUGCGCCGGAGGCAUGGCAGAGGAAGAAGAUGACAUGCCAGUAGACACCUUCGAACCAUUGGAAGAAGCCCUGGAGCCGUUUUUGGUUGCACUGAACAAUCGCUGCAUUGGACCUGGCGACUAUGCAGCAGAGCUUGCCAUCAACUACACACUCAAUCGGCAACAGAUUUUGGCAGUGGCGCCCAUUGCUUGGGUCAUGGAGCAAAUGUGGCUGAAUCGCUCCAACCUGGACUCCAUGAUGGCCGAUGGAGCUGCCACCGAAAGCUGCAACUGUUUGUGGUUGGGCGCUGGCGGCUCUGGCAAGACGUACGCCUAUGCCAAGGUGCUGCGGCCAAUGUUCCGCCGAUACUUCGGCGAUGCUGGUUACAUUGUGGGAGCCCCAACACACGCCGCGGUUCGCCUGCUUGGGCCAGAAGCCAAGACCUUGCACAAAUGGGCGAAUGUGAGCCCGAACAGUGGCCUCAAUCGACGCUCACUGCGUUCAGCCAAGAGCAAGGGCGACCCGAUUGAGAAGAAGAUCAUCGAGGUCAUGGCUGUGCUCUUGGACGAACUCUCAAUGAACCCGCCCGAUGUGUACCAUGCGGCAGGAUUUCGGUUUUCUUUGUUACGGCAGGAACGGAUGAUGUUGGACAUGGGAUGCUACUUGGAUCAGUGGUUCGGCAAGGUGCCCAUUGGCGUGCAGCUGGGCGAUUUUUUGCAGCUGCGCCCAACCGCACAGCGCUUGCUGUGCGAGUGGCACGCCGCCCAACGUGCCACUGACAGCAUGGCUGCAGCUGCCAGCGAGGACGAAGACCUUGGAGAGGACGAAGCAGCGCAGCAGACCAGCAAUGCAGCUGAGCUUGGCCGGAUGCUGUUCAAGAAUUCCUUGCAGCGAGUGGUGCACUUCACAGGGUCGGGGAGGUUUUCCACUUGCUCAUCUGGGCAACAGCUUGUGGAAAUUUUGUUGGCAAUGCGAGAAGGCAAGAAGAUGUCGGAUGCUUUGUGGGCAGCGUUGGAAGCAAGAUCCUAUAGCACAGCGCAGCUGCAGGCCGACGAACUGCGGGGACGUUUGUUGGAUGCCCACUGGGGCGGUCUUGCUUGGGAGCAAGUGGCUCGUCUACAGCAUGUUCGCGUUGGUUUGGAGGCAAAGGAAAGGAAGAAAACUCUUUACCUCGUGCAAGCCAUCGAUCGAGCUACAGGUCCCAAUGAUCUCACAAGGGAACAAAGCAUCAGCGCACUGCAGAUUGUGAACAUGACCAAAACGCACUAUCUUAUGGGGAUUUGUCCGCUGUACGAAGGCAUGGCUGCGCGCAUCAGUUGCAUUUUGGAUGUUCCACUUUUGAGCCGGGAGCUCCCAGUUAUUGUCCGGUCUGUCAAGCUACAUCCCAAAGAGCCAGCAAUUGAGGAUGACUGUGGCUGUGUUGUUUUGAAGUAUCAGCCAGUGGCAGUUUUGGUUGAGAUUGAUGAUCCCAAUUACAAGAACAUUCAGCUGCCUGGCGACUUGGCACCGCGGGGCCAUGUGUUGCUUCGUGCAGUUGCUUCGGACAAAGCCUGGAAUUUACAAGUGGGUCCGAAGCAACACGUUCCGGUGAUUCGCAAGCAAAUUCCCUUGGCUCCUCGAUGUGUUUUGACGCACUAUGGCUUGCAGGGCAUCACUGGCGAAGAACGGACUUGUUGCUUUCUUGUCGAAGCCAUCUUGGAUGAAGGAUCCCGACUAUGCUCUGGCGAUUUAUGUCAUGUUGUCGAGGCCAAGAAAGUUGGAUGA